AUGGUUUUGGUUAAUAAUCAUUUUGUUGGAAAUAAUUUAUCAGAAGAUAUAUUAUUGAAGGAUAUAGAAAUAACCAAUAAUGAUGGAAGUGUUAAUUUUUCAGCUUUAAUAGAAUAUUUGUCACAAGCAGUUAGCAAUCUCAAUAGUAAUGACAAUCAACCAAAAUCACGUUUAAUAAGAUGGGGAAUUAGAAAGAGAUUAGACAAUAUAAAUCAAAUAACUCAAGAUAUUGGAUUGAACCAACUAAAUUUAAAUAGUUCUGGUAAGAAUAUUUAA